CUUAAAUUACAACCACUCAGCUUGCACCUAAAUACUCUCUUGCAUGCAUGGGGUCAGAGUUCGGUUUCCGUUAGCUGGAAUUCCUCUCAACCAACCCCCUUCGCUUCAAUAAAUUUGUACAUGCUGCUGCAUCUUUCUCUCUCACAAAGGGAUAUUCUUUGACCCUGCCUGUGUGCGAGGUCUGAAUUCCCUUUGUCCAUGCCGUUUUCUCUUCUCCCUUCAUAGAGACAUUUUGAUUGCUCCGGCCUUGAGCCAAAUUUUUCUCGGCGUUUAUUUUAAGCCGACAAAACCCAAUUUCCGACCCACGAAAACUCGGCCAUUCUGAUUUCCGGCGUUUUUUAAAAACAAGGGUGUUUUUUGUAGUGCUCAGCACAAAUUGGAGAGAAAAAUGGAGUGAAUUCCAGUGAGUACUCCUGGUCUGUUUGGGUUUAAUUUUAUAUCCUUUUUUACUUAAUUCUUUGAUAGGUGGAAGGAGGGAAGCAAUAUGGAGAAGAAGGAGACUACAAUAUUGAUGCAAAAGUAUGAGCUCGGCCGCAUGCUUGGACAAGGCACAUUUGCCAAGGUUUACCGUGCAAGAAACCUCCGGUCCGGCCAGAAUAUAGCCAUUAAGAUUAUAGACAAGCAGAAGGUUUUGAGUGUCGGAUUGAUUGAUCAAAUCAAACGAGAAAUCUCUGUCAUGCGCCUCGUUAGGCACCCGAACGUUGUCCAGCUCUAUGAAGUCAUGGCAAGCAAAACCAAGAUUUAUUUUGCCAUGGAGUACGUGAAAGGUGGAGAGCUCUUCAACAAGGUUGCCAAAGGGAAGCUCAAGGAAGACGUGGCACGCAAGUAUUUUCAGCAACUGAUUGGGGCCGUUGAUUUCUGCCAUAGUCGAGGGGUAUAUCACCGGGACAUAAAGCCGGAGAAUCUCCUUCUCGACGAGAAUGGCGAUCUCAAAGUUUCAGAUUUUGGGUUGAGCGCGUUGUGUGAGUCUAGGCGGCAAGAUGGCCUUCUCCACACGACGUGUGGAACUCCUGCCUACGUGGCCCCGGAAGUCAUUAACAGGAAAGGUUAUGACGGAGCAAAGGCUGAUAUAUGGUCGUGUGGUGUGGUUCUCUUCGUUUUAUUGGCUGGUUUUCUUCCUUUCCAGGAAGCUAAUCUCAUGGAAAUGUAUAGGAAGAUUAGCAAAGGAGAAUUCAGGUGCCCCCAUUGGUUUCCACCGGAUGUCCGGAAGCUUCUUUCAAAAAUUCUUAAUCCCAAUCCAAGCACAAGAAUAGAUGUCGCCAAGCUCAAGGAGAAUACUUGGUUCAAGAAGGGAUUCAAAACGAUUGAAGCCAUACACCCUCCUCCAGACGGCACCAAAAUAUCUGUCAGCGACGACGUUCAGGCCGCCUUUGCAGCGUCGGAAACAAGCCCCAUGAGACCGACUUGUUUGAAUGCCUUUCAUAUUAUCUCUCAUUCGCCAGGAUUUGAUCUAUCCGGCUUGUUUGAGGAGGGUAGGAGUCAGAGACCGGAGGCACGAUUCACUACAACAAAACCAGCCUCAAUGAUCGUGUCAAAGUUGGAAGAAAUAGCAGAGUUGGAGAGAUUUAAGGUCAUGAAGAAAGGAGGAAAAGUUACAUUACAGGGAAGCAAAGAAGGGAGAAAAGGGCAACUUGCAAUCGAUGCUGAAAUAUUUGAAGUUACACCUUCGUUUUUUGUUGUGGAGGUGAACAAAGCAGCGGGGGACACAUUUGAGUACAAAAAUUUCUGUAACCAGGACUUGAAGCCCUCUCUCAAGGAUAUUGUAUGGAAAUGGCAAGGAAGUGAGCAGCAACAACAGCAGCCACAAUCUCUUUAGGUUUUCUACUCUUAGAUAUAUAGGACGUGCUUCUAUACUUUUCUAUCAAUAUGUAUUUAUCUUUCUCCUCAACCUUAGGUAAUUC